AUGGAGGAAGGGGCAGUGGACAACCUCAUAGACUUUGAUUUACCAUCUGAGUCCAACUCUCUCGCGGUGGGUGAGGCACAACACCAGGCUCACAUGGACAUCUUCUCCCCAGAGCCGGCCUCCUCCAAGGGGCUGCACCAGCACACGCUGCCUGAGCCCCUCGCACCUACAAAAGCCUCCCACCACCACCACCACCACCAUCACCAUGACAAUGCAGACAGUGACACUACAGAGUCCGCUGACAGUGAUAAUGAUAUGGAUCCCUCUUGGGAUGCCAGGCGCUCCUCAUCAUCGUCCAAUCACAGCGCAGAAGACUCCGACCCAGAUGCACUGGAGAGGAGGACCUUCAUGAAGGCCUAUGUGGACAAGCUCUUCCAUGGAAAAGAAGAGUUUGACCAGGAGGAGAAGGCCCGGUUUGGAGAGCUGUGCAGCGGAGACAACGGCAAAGGCAGAGAGUGGUUUGCCAAAUACGUCAGCGCCCAGCGGUGCCACUCCAAAUGUGUGAACGAGUCCACCUUCUACCGCCUCGUGCAGUCCUUUGCUGUCGUGCUGUUCGAAUGUUACCAGAUGGAUGACUACACACCAGCAAAAAACCUCAUGACCAUGUGCUUCACGUUCUAUUACAUUGGAAAACUGCACCCAGCUCCGUCAGAGCUGCUGGAGCGAGGCGCUCCUCCCCUCGACUCGUAUCUGAAUAAAGCAAACUCGUGGCUCACCGGGAAAAGGGACGUGGCUGAACGCCUGCUGAAGACCACGUCCAAGUCUGAUGUAAAAGGCUUUUUCGGAGGGUUAGAGAGUAAACUGAGGAGCUCCAUGACAAAGACUGAGGAGGGAGGGAGUCCGGUGGAAAAGCCGACAACCCCAGUGUCAGAUUGUCCUAAAGACAAGAAAGGGGAUAAAGUGUACCUGUACACCCACCUGAAGCAGCAGCCCAUUUGGCACACUCUAAGGUUUUGGAACGCAGCAUUCUUUGACGCAGUUCACUGUGAGAGAAGGAAGAGGUCUCCAACCACCAGUGGACCACAGGAUCAAAACGAGAGGGAGAAGUGGUGUCACAUGAGCCAGCAGGAAAGGGACGACAACUCCAAGAUAGAUGAAAACAUUGCCUUUGGUCAGCUGGGAACGUUCACUCAUAAUAUGCUGGCAUUUGGGCUCAGCAAGAAGCUCUGCAACGAUUUUCUUAAGAAGCAGGCUGUGAUAGGAAAUCUGAAUGAAGAGCAGUACAAUUUGCUGACGGAGCACAUCGAGAAAAUGGCGGCGGAGUGA